AUGUGGAACUCAAGAAUAAGAGAAGCUGUAAACACAAACUCCGCCCAAAAGGCCAUUCUUCUGUUUCAGCGAAUGAAGCUAAGUGGGUUGGAACCCAACAACUUAACCUUUCCCUUCGUAGCUAAAGCCUGUGCCAAGCUCUCCAAUCUCAGAUGCUCUCAAAUUAUCCACACCCACAUUGCGAAAUCUCCGUUUCGGUUAGAUAUUUUUGUUCAGACAACGAUGGUGGAUAUGUAUAUAAAAUGUGAUAGGUGGGAUUAUGCAUACAAGGUUUUCGAUAGAAUGCCCAACAGGGAUGUUGCUGCUUGGAAUGCAAUGAUUGUGGGUUUUGCUCAGUUGGGUUUUCUUGAUAGAGUAUUAAGUCUUUUUUAUGAUAUGAGGUUUGUUGGGAUUCAGCCUGAUUCGGUCACCAUUGUGGGAGUGAGUCAGGCGGUUUUGGGUUUAAAGAACUUGAAUUUGGUCAGGGGAGUUCAUUCAUUUGGGAUUCAAAUUGGCGUAGAUGGUGAUGUUUCUGUAGCUAAUACAUGGAUUGCAGUUUAUGCUAAAUGUGGUGAUUUGGAGUCAGCGGAGAUGGUUCUUGAUGGGAUUGAGGUGAAGUCCAUUGUCUCGUGGAAUGCAAUAAUUGCUGGGCAUGCAAACUUCAAAAGAUUUAGGGAUGCUUUUGAUUUUUACAGAAGGAUGCUGCUUGAUGGGCUUAGGCCUGAUGUGAGUACCACUGUCAGCCUACUGUCUUCAUGUGUGCAACUGGAAGCAUUAUUGUAUGGGAGGCUGAUGCAUUCUCAUGGAACCCAACUGGGUUGUGAUUUAGAUAUCUCUGUAAUUAAUACUCUUAUAUCAAUGUAUUCUAAGUGCCACGAUGUUAGUUCUGCAAGAUUUCUAUUUGAUGGCAUGUUUAGUCGGUCAUGUGUUUCGUGGACUGCCAUGAUUAGCGGGUAUGCUGAGAAAGGAGAUAUGGAUGAGGCUAUGGCCUUGUUUUACUCUAUGGAAAGAGCCGGUGAGAAACCUGAUCUGGUUACGGUGCUCUCAUUGGUUUCAGGUUGUGGCCAGACUGCAGCCCUUGAGCUUGGAAGAUGGAUUGACAGUUAUGCAAAUUCCAAAGGGUUUAAAGAAAAUGUGAUGGUUUGUAACGCAAUGAUGGAUAUGUAUUCAAAAUGUGGAAGUUUACAUGAUGCUCGAAAGCUCUUUCAUGCGAUGCCUGAGAGAACAGUUAUUUCUUGGACAACCAUGAUUGCUGGUUGUGCUUUGAAUGGAGAAUUGAAUGAAGCUUUGGACCUUUUUUAUCAGAUGAUUGAAUUGGAUUUGAAACCAAACCACAUAACAUUUCUUUCUGUCCUUCAAGCUUGUACUCAUGCUGGCUUUCUUGAGAAAGGAUGGGGAAUCUUCAAUAUGAUGACCAGAGUAUAUAAUAUUAAUCCUGGAUUAGACCAUUAUUCGUGUGUGGUAGAUCUUCUGGGACGCAGAGGGAAGCUAAAAGAAGCUUUGGAGUUUGUUCAAAAUAUGCCAAUUCAACCUGAUGCAGGCAUAUGGGGUGCUUUGCUUAGUGCUUGCAAGAUUCACCGCAAUGUAGACAUUGGUAAGCAUGCAGCUCAUUGUUUAUUUGAAUUGGAGCCUCAAGUGGCUGCUCCAUAUGUGGAGAUGGCAAAUUUAUAUGCAUCAGCUGGAAGAUGGGAUGGAGUUUCAACAGUACGAUCAUUGAUGAAAUGUAAUAAGGUGAGGAAGUCUCCUGGACAAAGCCUUAUUCAUGUUAAUGGAAAAAAUCAUACAUUUACGGUUGAAGAUAGAUGUCAUCCUGAAGGUAUGCCUAUAUAUGAAUUAUUGGAUGAUUUAACUUUGCAAGCAAAGGAUCAGGGAUGCUUACUCCAUGGGGAGGAAACACCAGAAAUUUGCUUUUAUCAUGUAUAGAUGAAUUUGGCUUAUUGAAAGAAAUGAAAAAAAAAAAA